AUGGCCGCCGGCACUAGAAAUCACCCAAACCGAGAGGGAUCUUUUGGAUCUAAUCAGAAUGAUAACCCGGACCAUCUGGUCGCAGCUGCUACCCAAUUCUUUCAAUCAAUGGUUAGCGGCCAAUUUAUGGCGUCUAGAGCUCCACAGGCCGGUUGUACCUUGAAGCAAUUUUCCCGCCAGCAUCCUCCUACUUUCGAUGGCAGAUUGAAUUCCUUAGAUGCGGAAAGUUGGAUUGAACGUAUGGAGCAUAUUUUCGAAGUGCUCUACUGCAUGGAUGAUCAGACGGUGAAAUAUGCCACUUACCAUUUGACUGACAUGGCAAACAAGUGGUGGAAGUCGACUCGGGCUUUGGUUCAGCUGGAACUAGGGGAAGCAGUCCCCAUUUCUUGGGAGCAUUUCAAGAAAAUCUUUCUAGACCACUUUUUCCCACGAACUCUUCAAGAGUCGAGAGCUCGCCAAUUUAUGGAUCUUAUUCAAGGAUCAAUGACGGUAGCACAGUAUGCUACGACAUUCAUGGAGCUUUCUCAUUUUGCUAGUUACUUAAUUCCGGAUGAGGAAAAGAAGGCUGAAAAAUUUGAGCGUGGACUGGAUCGUAGGAUUCGAGAACGUGUCCAUACUCUCAGGAUUCGGAGUUUCACAAAGCUAGUCACUCGAGCUACCAUUGCUGAAGAAGACCUCCAAGAAAACAUUGAGUACAACAACCAAAGGAAAUGCCAGCAACAACAACAACUCCCAGCAUGCGAGAAGCCAAACCUUCUAGCUCGAGACUGCCCAACUAAGAAACCUGGGGAACCAGGUAGGAGCGGAGGACAGAAGACGCAGGCUACAGCGAGGGUUUAUACCCUUACCCCUAUUGAUGCUAAAGCAUCAAAUGAUGUAGUCACAUGCACAUUAUCGUUGUUUUCACGUCAUGCCUCCAUUUUAUUCGACUCUGGUGCUACUCAUUCUUUCAUUUCAAAUCAUUAUGAACCUUUGACUGAGAAGAUACCUGAACCAUUAGAACCUAGUAUGUCUGUUGCUACAUCCUUGGGGGAUCAUAUUAUUUGUGAUUCUGUGCUAAUUGGAUGUCCGAUAGAGAUUCAAGGGAGAAUUCUACCUACAGACUUAAUCAUAUUUAAUAUGUCCGGAUUUGAGGUGAUUCUGGGAAUGGACUGGUUAUCUCGGAACCAUGCCUGUGUGGAUUGCUUUAAUAAGAGAGUAGUCUUUAAAUCCACAAGUGGGGAGGAGUUUAGUUUUCAGUCAGUACGAGGAAGUUCCCCUCCUCGUGUAAUCUCAGCUUUGUAG